AGGCUGUUGCUUAGUGAUGCUGCUCUAUAAAGCAGCUUCCUGUACUCGUACUUUAAACAACAUCCCCAGCCACUCAUCUCAGGUGAACGAGGGACUUCUGCAAGCAACGAAAACAUGCGUGAAUGUAUCUCUGUCCAUGUUGGCCAAGCUGGAGCUCAGAUAGGUAACGCAUGCUGGGAGCUCUACUGCCUGGAGCACGGCAUCCAGCCAGAUGGUCAGAUGCCCAGCGACAAGACCAUCGGAGGGGGAGACGACUCCUUCAACACCUUCUUCAGUGAGACUGGAGCUGGCAAACAUGUUCCCAGAGCCGUCUUUGUGGACUUGGAGCCAACUGUCAUAGAUGAGGUCCGUACAGGAACCUAUCGCCAGCUCUUCCAUCCUGAGCAGCUCAUCACUGGAAAGGAGGACGCAGCCAACAACUACGCUCGUGGUCACUACACCAUCGGCAAAGAGAUCAUCGACCUUGUUCUCGACAGGACUCGUAAACUGGUCAGUUUUUCUGCAAAAACCAUUUACGUCAUACAUAUUUUAGUGCAAUUAAUAAUGGAUGGCAUUCUGUUGUUUUAUUUCCUGCAGGCUGACCAGUGUACAGGACUCCAAGGUUUCCUCAUCUUCCACUCCUUUGGAGGAGGAACCGGCUCCGGUUUCACCUCUCUGUUGAUGGAGCGUCUUUCUGUUGACUAUGGCAAAAAGUCCAAGCUGGAGUUUGCCAUCUACCCAGCCCCCCAGGUGUCCACAGCUGUGGUGGAGCCCUACAACUCCAUCCUGACCACCCACACCACCCUGGAGCACUCUGACUGCGCCUUCAUGGUGGACAACGAGGCCAUCUACGACAUCUGCCGCAGGAACCUGGACAUUGAGCGUCCCACCUACACCAACCUCAACAGGCUGAUUGGACAGAUAGUCUCCUCCAUCACCGCCUCUCUACGCUUCGACGGUGCCCUGAACGUGGACCUGACAGAGUUCCAGACCAACCUGGUGCCCUACCCUCGUAUCCACUUCCCUCUGGCCACCUACGCCCCAGUUAUCUCAGCAGAGAAGGCCUAUCAUGAGCAGCUAUCAGUGGCUGAGAUCACCAAUGCCUGCUUCGAGCCAGCCAAUCAGAUGGUGAAAUGUGAUCCUCGUCAUGGCAAGUACAUGGCCUGCUGCCUCCUGUACCGUGGUGAUGUGGUGCCCAAAGACGUCAACUCUGCCAUCGCCACCAUCAAAACGAAGCGCACCAUCCAGUUUGUGGACUGGUGUCCCACAGGCUUCAAGGUGGGCAUCAACUACCAGCCUCCCACUGUGGUUCCCGGAGGAGACCUGGCCAAGGUGCAGAGGGCCGUGUGCAUGCUGAGCAACACCACCGCCAUCGCAGAGGCCUGGGCUCGACUCGACCACAAGUUCGACCUGAUGUACGCCAAGAGGGCUUUCGUCCACUGGUACGUCGGAGAGGGGAUGGAGGAGGGAGAGUUCUCAGAGGCCAGAGAGGACAUGGCCGCCCUGGAGAAGGAUUAUGAAGAGGUGGGCACUGACAGCGUUGGGGACGAAGGAGAGGAAGAGGGGGAAGAAUAUUAAGGUUCAAAUAACAAACAAAACGAAACUGAUUGGGUUUGUGUCAGUAUGCUUCAAGCAAACUACUAGUAGGUUCCACUAUAGGUCAAAGUGUAAUCCUAGAGAAGGAUGACAAACAAUAAAUUGUACAACUUGGGUGAUGUGACAUGCUUGUCGGACACCAUGUUUCAGACUCUCCACAAGCAGUUUGUUUGAAGCAUACUGAGACCUUUUGUUGCCAUUCAUUUUUAUUAUAUAAUGGCAUCCAGUGAAAAAGUACAUCAAACUUCUAAAGGUUAUUUUUCCUUGAAUAAAAUUAAUUGGUCUGGUUGGCAGUAACUGUAACAUUUAGCUACUGUUAAAAAAUGCAUACUCACUGCUUUGUCUCUACAGUUGCUAAAAUUCCUCCUAAUCUUUGCCUCCUUUCAAUGCUAUACUGGAACAACAUAACUCUGUUUUGCCUUUGUAUAACCACUGCAAGGGUGCACUGUAUAGUAAGAGCGCUGAUGAAAUGAACUGUAUGUAAAAUCAUGUUUACAAAUUUCUUGCCUCCAAGGUGGAAGUUGAUGAUGAAUUUUUAAGAUAUUUACUCUUAUAUAAACAGGUUUCUUUAAAUUUUAUAGAGAUAUUCUGUAUUUGACAGAUAUUUACGAGUCAGGCCCUGAAUGAUCUGCAAAAUUCAUGUCAUUAUCCACAGAGAUUAAGAGGAAUUCAGUGUCAAGAUAUCAUCUUUCUUAUGUGUCUUUGUCUUGAAACAAUAAACUCAGAGACAUGUU